AUGACUGGUCAAAAGGUUAUCGCCGUCGCUGUUGAAUCCGGACUUUUCUUUAUACCUCCACCUCAGCGCAGCCAAUCAAAGUUCCUGGAUCGUCAGCUUGGCUGCGGCUCAACACCGGUACUGCGGCCCAACCAGCGCAGAGACCUGACCGGCGAUGGUACCGGCAGGAUUUCAGUUGAGCUCGAGCACUACCUCAAGGGGAACGAGCAGAUCGGCUCCAAGUCCCAAACGCUCGAGUCGGAGGACGCACACCGAAACUGCCACAUCAUACCCAGAGACCAGACCACGUAG